AUGCGGUGCGAAGCACAGCAUUUAUGUAGUCCGUCGNGGUCGGAUCCGAUUGUUGGAUUCUUCGUCCUGGGUAUGGUCAAUACUGUUAAUUAUAAAGUAUGUUCAAAACAAAAUCAAAUAUGUUAUGAGGUUGAAAUUGAUAUUCCUAAUCAAUCACCACAACAAUCAUUUGUACGACCACAAUUUCUUUCAUCUGAAAUACCUCCUUCAAGACAACGACAACAACAUGAAUUUUAUAAUAAUCCAAAUACUAUGGUACAACAAUCACAAACUCGUACAUUCAAUACGGAAUUCCAAAACACUACUGCUCAACAAUCUCCGAGUACAUUAUCAUCUAUUGGCUCAUCAUUGACUGUUGCCACUGUACCACCUGAUGAUGGAUAUUAUAUAAUAACACAAAUUCGUAGUGCAGCUGAAUUAUAUGGUCUUUUUCAGAAUCGCCAACAUGAAUUUGAAUUUGUAUCUAAAGAACUUAAACAAUAUUGUACACCAUGUGUUAUCGAACAAUAUGAUAAAUAUUAUCGUGUUAUAAUAAAACAUCCUGAAAAUGGAUCAAAAGUAUUAGUUAAAUUAAUUGAUCGUGGUGAUAAAAUUGUUGUUGAUACAUCAGAAUUAUUACAAAUUGAUAAAAAAUUUUGUACAAUACCAGCAUUUGUUCAAACACUUCAUUUACAUGGUUAUGAUGCAUCGCAAAAUUCGGUAAAUAUAACACGUAAUUUGAAAAAAUUAUUCCGUAAUCAGUGGGUUCAUAUUACACAACAAGGAUUAAUGUUGAAUGGACGCUCUAGUGUUCUUAUUACGUUAUGUGAUAGUCGAUCAGUCAACAAAAUGCUUUUAUCCAAUUAG